CUAGCUGUCCGCGUAGGUAUAUCGAUUUACGGGAAUGGCCGACAGAAAAUCGCAGCUCUGAUGCGCGCUGGAGUCCAUCGACGAAAAAUAUUGAUAAAAAUUAGCGACAUUUCCUGAUAGACUUGGAAAAUAUUUAUUAAGGAUAUUCAAAUACAUCAGGGUACGGAAAAUGGCGAACGUUACGGAUCUGGAAGAAGUGGUGAAGACCUGGGCGUGGACGGCCUUUGUGCGCACCCGCAGCGACCAGUAUAAAAAACUGAAGCUGGACGACAUUAGCAUGGACGUCAACUGGGCUCGCGUCCGCUUCACACCGACCACGCCGGAGUACGCGGACAGCCGGAUGGUGGACAGCCCGACCUCAAAGGUUGUGUUCACUUCGACGUUCGUGAACAAUACUAAUAAGGAGCAGGAGCACUCGUUCACCACGGAGCGGACCACCGUCUGCACCGCAACCACCAGCAUUACUAAGGGCUACAGCAAGGGCUUCAACAUGGAGCUCAAAUUGGGGCUUCCGGAGGAAGUGGCGGCGGCAACUGUCGGCUUCGGGCGCGAGCUGAACGUGGAGAACACGGAGGAGCAAACUGUGGAGAAAACCAUCUCGUGGUCUGUGAACAGCAACAUCAGCGUGGCGGAGAUGAGCAAGGCGAUCGCCAGAAUGGAAGUGAAGGAGAAGGAAUACACCGGGGAGUUUAAGCUGACAGUGCGUGUAAAGGGUGUAGUUGUUGUGUCCAUUUUGAACGUGCGAGAUAACAACAGUUUCAUCCACUCGUGUGAGGGAGACAUAUCGCAGAUACUCGCGGACGCCAAGCGCGGCGGCUACACGAUCAGCGGACGGGCGGCGGUGUUCGAGGUGGCAGGCAAGACCAAGUUCCGGUUUGGGGUGGAGCAGCAGGUCAGCCUUGACCAGGAACCGCUUUGAUGUGGUUUUUACCACAAGCUGGUAAAUGCUGUUAUUCCACACGGUAAAUGGUGUGGCUGAUGUGUGAUACUGAAAGUUUUAACUGUUUAAUACGUUGUGUGCCUAUACAUUGUUUUGUAGACAUUGACUUGACACUUAUGCCAUAAACCGCAGAGCACAGAGACAAUACUUUUAUGCUGUGAUAAUUUAAAUCUACUAAAGGGACAUAAUCUACGCAUGUGAAGCAUACCGGUGUCUGUGAAUUCUUACUGGGUUAUUCCGUCUACAUUUAUAGACCACUUUCUUCUUUCUUGAAAUUGGUGCAACAUAAUUCAAUAUAUUUUUUGUAAUCUUAUAUCAAACGAUAAACUCGUUGAUUUUUUUAUUGAUAAAAUUGAUAUAAUAGUAUAAAAUCAUAUACACUGCUAACAAUUUAAUACAGAAAGGGCAAUUGAUAAGGGUAAACUACUCGAAUAUAACAAUGGAUUCCAAUACUUGAGUUGUCUCCUUUGAGAGAAGAACACUUAACAUUUUAUCAAGUUGAACGAAUCAUGUGUAAGCAAAUAUAAAUCUGCUAAUCAAUAAAGAAGACAGACAUAAUGAUGUGAAUAAAAGACACAUAAAAUACAAAGCUACCUUGAUAUAGACAUUCAGCAGUAACAGUACCACACCAUUUCAACUUAUGAUAGAAUAAACAAAGGUAAUUAGUCAAUAAAAUGUCUAUAAAAAAAGAUGUGUUGAUUGUUCAACCUAACCUAUACACACUCGAGCUGAAAAAAAUGAAAGAUUAUUAUUACUAAACACAAACAAGUAAUAUACAUUGCACAUAUUGUAAAAUCACACAGGUAAUUUAACUCGGAAAUUGAUAUGAGAAAAAAAGAAACUUACUAUGUUGAGUAACUGUAUUUCUUUAACAAGUAACUGACAAUUUGAUCUUAAAUAUGUGUUUGAAAUGGAUUAUUGCUAGUGUUUUCUAAAGAAUAUAAGCUUAAAAACAUGUUCAAGAGAAAGCAUUAAUUAAUCCAUAUGUCUUAAUCCGUACUGUUUACAUUUCACUUUUAACAUUUUACAAUAAUUUUGAGGGUUAUAAAAUAUCAAAAUUUAUUAGAUAAACUCAGUAAUAAACAUCAACAAUUGAUUCAGAAAGUAUAGAAUAUUUAAAAAAAAGACUACUGAAACAUAUCAGUCAAAUAUAAAAUAAUUAGCUCUAUUAAAAAUAACAAUAAUACAGAUCAUCAUGUUUCCUGUAUUGUGAUUUCAAGGUAAUCAAGACUAAAUACAAAUGUGAUGACUCCAAUUGGUCAGUUUUCAGGACUGUCAUCCGGGGCUUGGUCAAGCCCGUUUCUCAGCAUCACCGCCCACGAAGUCAGGUCACGCUUUACCAUCUUCAGUAUUAUCAUCCCCUUCUUGUACUUUUCAAAUGGAAAUAUAUAUAUAUAGGAUUUUACAUGAGUUGCUAGUGUGAUUCUAUAUAAUGAACAUAUAAAACAAGUUUAGGAAAAGUUAUAAAGGGUGCCUUUGGCGGUUAUGUUAUUAUUCCGUAUUAAGUUCCACAACAUAUUGUAUUAAAUGGCAAGGAAUGUAAGAUUCUUUUAUAAAGAUAUAAUUCAGUUUUUGUUAAAAAAAAUGAUACUAAAUUAGUAGAGUAAAAUGAUGUCAAUGUCAGCAUAUAUUACUAAUACACUAGUGGAAUAUAAGAAAAUAUGUAAUGGUUUAUUACACUUAAAGCAAGGAACGUCAUGUGAUAAAAAAUGUUAUGUAUCAAUUUUAUUAGUUUUUAGAGAAAAACAGUAGACAAACAAUAAUUAGGAUUUAUUUUUGUAUUAUUAAUUCUACAAAUGUAAAAAAAAACUAUUAUGGUCACAAGCCAAAUGACACCUGAAAAUAGCCAUUAUAAUAUUUGACCUGCUCAUUUAAUGAAUUAAGAUUUACAAUCAAUAGAUACAAGUGUUGACUAAGACUAAAGGAUGCAAACCUCAACUGUGGACUUAUCAGGGUCUAUCUCUCCAGGUAGUUUGUUCACCUUGUAGAAAUACUUGGUGGUCUUGCUGCCUGCAGUCACAUCAGCUGAUAGUUCCAAACUCCUUUAAAAGUCAUUCACAGUUUAAACACAACUUAACUUUAAGUUAAUCAAGAAUAACCAUAAACAACACUACAGUUAGUGUAUGAUAUUUAAAGUUAAAAGAAAUAACAGCGUUUAGAUGCUAUUACUUUUAUACUUUUCAAAGAUUUCUCUUACCAAAAUAAAUCAACAAGUAGUGUGGUUUUUGUAUGCAAUUUAGAGAAAGAUUAAAGAAUAUUUAUUUACACAUUGUUUGUACAAGUGUUUAAAGGCAUACAGGUUGAUGUCAAAAUUUAUAUAUUUUUUUAUAAAUAUGAUGCAUUUUCAUACUUAGCUCAUAUGAUUUGAAUGACCAAAACAAACAAAGCAUUUGAUUAUGGUACCGAUAUUUUUUAUUAACCUUUAUAAAUUAUUAUUUUUUAUUAUUAGCUGUGUGGGCACAAAUUACCAGUUAAAAAAAGCACCAAAAUAUUGAUAAUAUUUUUUAUCUGUACCCAAAUCAUAUGCUCUCUUUAUAACAUGUAUGUCUUUACAUUUUAUGCUAUUAUGAGUUUGUGAUAUAAUUAUCAUUAUUAUUAUUAUUAUACAUGUAUGUACAGUGUACAAGAUAUUUUACAUUAAAUGACUUACAUGGA